ACCAGAGAGAUGUCCCCGUCCUCUGUAUUCCCGGGAUUCCACACAGGAAGAUCACACCAUCCCUCAUCAUCAUCGGGUAGGUGGGACUGAAUAUGUAGACCUAAAAUGUAUUCUGAGCUAAGAAAUUACAUGCUUCUGUGUAACUUUGUGUUUCCCUUGAUGUUUUCUAUCAUAUUUUGGGUUUAGGUUGAAGAAUCGAAAGACAUAAAAGUUGAGAUUAAAAAAGAAGAAAUAUUGGUGAGUGGAGAUCAGCAGUCUAUGAAGAAGGAGGAGAUGGUUAUGGAAUGUAAACAGGAGGAAUCUUCUCCACACAUGGAGACAAGUGGACACUGUGUACGGAAUAUGAAUACCUCAGAUGGACACUGUGUACAGAAUAUGAAUACCUCAGAUGGACACUGUGUACGGAAUAUGAAUACCGCAGAGGGAGAUUUUAUUUUAUUUCCAGAUUAUGAACAAAAUAACGGAACAUCACAACAUUUCCCAACAACCAAUUCCUUUGGUCAAAGACCUUACUAUGUGGCAAGAUCUAUGGCUCCUUCGAAUCCUGAGGAAUCCCCUCAUUAUUCACAUAAUAUGACUUCAGAUAUUCAUCCAAAAUCUCCCAGUGUGGAUAGAUCAACAGAUCCCUCUAAUUCCAAGGAGUCUCCUUUAAACUACGAAGGAGUUCAUAUAGGAGACAAUUCAUUGUCAGGUUUAGACUGCAGGAAAUCUUUCACUAACAACAGAGCACUUCUUAGACACCAGAGAACUCACACACAUGAACAUCCUAUUUCCAUUUCCAGUGAUGGGAAAUGUAUCAAUAUGAAAGGAAAUCUUAUUACGCACCAGAGAAGUCACACAGGUGAAGGUCCUUUUUCCUGUUCAGAGUGCGGGAAAUGUUUGGCACACAGAGAGGGCCUUUAUAUACACAAGAGAAUUCACACGGGUGAGCGUCCUUUUUCCUGUUCGGAGUGCGGGAAAUGUUUCACAGAGAGAGGAAAACUUCUUAGACACCAGAGAAUUCACACUCACGAGCGUCCUUUUUCCUGUUCGGAUUGUGGGAAAUGUUUCUCUCAGAAAACAGAUCUCCUUCGACACCAGAGAAUUCACAGAGGUGAGCGUCCUUUUUCCUGUUCGGAGUGCGGGAAAUGUUUUACAGAGAAAGGAGGCCUUAGUAGACACCAAAAAAUUCACACAGGUGAGCGUCCAUUUUCCUGUUCUGAGUGUGGGAAAGGCUUCAUUGUGAAGGAAAAUCUUCUUAUACACCAGAAAAGAACUCACACUGGUUAGUAGCCUUUUUUUCUAACUUCUUAUACACCAGAAAAGUCGCACAGGUGUGCACCAUUUUGAAUGUUCAGAGUGUGGGAAAUGUUUCAUGCAGAAAGGAGACCUUCCAACACACCAGAAAAUUCACAUGGACAUACAGAAAAGUGUAAUACUUGGACAAUAGAAUUCACACAAAUGAAUAUACUUUUUCACGUUUUUCUUCGAAAGAAACCCUGUUUGGACACCAGAAAAUUCAGUGAUGUAAAGUAAUGCCCCGUACACAGUCCAAAGGACUUUUUCCAUCGGAUUUUCCGAUCGUGUGUAGCCCCAUCUGAGUUUUU